GUUGACUUCUACUGAUGAGGAAUGUGACCACAAAGAUCAGACUAAGGACUUGAAUGCUGAUAAAACUCUAAGUGAAGCAGAGACAGAGUCUGUAGUCAACAUGCUAGUUAUAAGCUCUGUGGUGUCAGAAGCACACAGUGACCACCAGCUCCUCUCUCACAACUCUCAUGUAGCUGAGAGCCAAGAUCAGAAAGAAGGCAAGAAUGGAGACUGGAUCAACUCUUAAUGCAGAGCCAAAACUAAAGAAAAUACGUCACAAAAGCAACAGUCACACUAACAAUGUGAACAACUCUACAAUGUCAACUAUUCACUGUAAUACUAGCACGGGUAAAAAGUUGUUCCAGUGUGAUACUUGUGGGAAAGCUUUUAAGCAUAAGUCAUCACUGGACAGACACAUGAGAACCCACACAGGUGAGAAGCCAUAUUCUUGCAACCCUUUUGGGGAAAAACUUAAGAAGGGACAUCACAAAAUGAAAAGUCCCAGUAACGAUGUAAAAAACUUUACCAUGUUAAAAAUUCACCGUACUACUCCCACAGGUCUAGAAAAAAAGUCUUUAAAAUGUGACGUUUGUGGAAAAGGUUUUAAAUAUAAUUCAAAAUUGCAGAGACACCUGUUAAUCCACACAGAUGAGAAGCCACAUUCUUGCAAAACAUGUGGAAAAGAGUUCAGAUGUAGCAGUCACUUGACAGGCCACAUGAGAACCCACACAGGUGAGAAGCCGUACCUUUGCAAGAGCUGCGGGAAACGAUUUGGUGACAUUUCAUCAUUGAACAGGCACAUGAGAAUCCACACAGGUGAGAAGCCGCACUCUUGCAAAAUGUGUGGAACAAAUUUCAGACGUAAUAGUUGCUUGUUGGUCCACAUGAGAAGAGCCCACACUGGUGAGACGCCGUACCGUUGCAAGAUCUGUGGGAAAAAAUUCUUUGAUGCGUGUGUAUUGUCAAGCCAUAAAAGAUAUUUGCAUUGUAAUGGAAAUUCUGUCAAUUUUCCUAGAUGAGUCCUAAUGAACGUUGAAAUAAAGAUCUCAAACAGA